UGUUAGGAAAUUUAUGUUCCUGUGAAUGUUUCCAAUAGUGGCUGAGCUCGUUUAAAACUAAUCUCUGUUUCAACUCAAACCACAGUUCAACAUCCUUCCAGAUUGGCAAACCAGAAUGUCCCAUCAACCCCCCCUUCCAACCACCGUUCCUCAUCAACCCUCCCUUACGUCCUCCAAGCUCGUCCCAAAGCCCGCUGCGUCUGAAAACUUCAAUCCAAAAAGCAAUCAUCAAUCUCACCCUUCUACACAGACUGGGAAUCUCUCCAAUAUUGUGGAAACUUCAACUGAGACCAAAAAUAAAAGAGCUACACAAAAAGACAAAUCCAGUUCAAGGGCAGGGACGGCAUGCAGAAGCCCCACACGGCCGGUAAUCACACUCACGGAAUCUUCAAUAUCCACUAUGAAUACAGAGAGGGGCGAGAGAAACGAGCGAGGCACGGAGAGAGGAAGACAACCCGGACCUUCUGUAAAGCAACCAAGUCCGCCAAACAGACUUAGUACAGCAGCCGGUACCGUAGAUCGUCGACCAUCUACCCGGAAACAACAGCAUGCAAGCUUUCAAUACGAACAAUCCCAUUACCCACCAGAAGCUGCUUCAGCUCGUUUAUCAUUGCUGCAUACAACUACCUCUGAAAGUAUGAGGAGAAAAGAAGCUUCAUACUAUGGAGCAGAAGAUCAAGUUAAUGAAGGCACAUACUAUGGUGGACUCCAGACAGCAGUACCACACCAAGCCGAACACUCCCUGGCUCGAAGUAGACGGUACUCUCCGCGCCGCGCAUCUCCUCCUCCUCUGGCACCACCAGGUAAAACUAAUAAUCUCCCCUCCCGCUCCAACUCCCGCAGCCCCCCCCUCUCAGAACGCCUCACCGUCUUUCAUAAACCCAUCUCCUUUCUCCCAGCCCAACUGCAGCCUUCCCUAUCUCGUUCCAGUAAUGGUCCCGCUCACUCACCUUCGCCAGCUGAUAAUUUGAGUGCAAGAGACGCAGACAGGAUCUGCGAUGAUCUCGUCAGAAAGGUCAGGGUUGCGCAGUUGGGGAAAAUGUAUGAUAGGGCUGUGGAGGCUGACAGGAGGGGUUUGGUGGAUGACGGCUUGUAUGAUAUGGUAAUGGAUUUCUUCUAUAGGUUUUUACCAAUGGUUUGGGGAAAUGGAGAGAGGUGAGUUUAUGGAUUUUCCUGUGGUAAUUUAUCUUUCCCCUAACUUAUCCCUCUCCCUUCUUAUCUACCUACCCUUUCCCCACCAUCCCUCUCAUUGCAAUGUAGAAAGUACAAGAAGGUGGAAAUGUGGCUGACAGCUAGUGAGCGACCCAAUUAUCAUCAAUCGCCGCCAAAUCCUCGACCACCAACGCGUCUGGCAGAUUUUUGGCCCUAGGGGAGAAGGUCUCUCACGCAAAGAUAGGGGAAAGAAUAGACCGCAUCCGUGGUAUACUAGACCGAAAGACAGGAAGAUGAGCUUGAAGGAGGUUGCUGGGGAAGUUUUGGAUAGUUUACCAAGAGUUCAGAUCGUGCCCGGACCGGCGAAGAGGAAGAAAGAUGAAGGUGAAGGGCAAAGAUAAAUGGCGUGGAGGGCAGGAGGAGAAUGAGAGUCAACCGCGAGCAAGUCGAAGCAGAUAGGAGAAUCUUCAGCGACAGAGUGUCAAUGGACUUUUCAGGAAAUUCCAAGCAACGCCGGAGAUCUCGGAUGCAUAUCAUAGUCAAGUCGAUG